CCCAACACAAGGGGGCGACAGAGUGCGCAGAGAAGUCUCUGGUCCAUGUAAAUAACAGGAAAGAAGAGAUGACCGGGUGUAAACAUGGCGUCUGCCUUGGACGAUGAUGAGAUCCUUAAUGAUGAUUUUUAUUCCUUGCUAAAUGUCAGAAGAGAGGCAACACAGGACGAGCUGAAGGCGGCAUACAGGCGGUUAUGCAUGCUGUAUCACCCUGACAAACACCGGGACCCUGAACUAAAGCGUCAAGCAGAACAGCUUUUUAACCUUGUACAUGAAGCUUAUGAAGUGCUGCGUGACCCACAGGCACGAGCUAUCUACGAUAUCUAUGGCAAGAGAGGACUCGAUGUUGAAGGAUGGGAGGUGGUGGAAAGAAAGAGAACCCCUGCAGAGAUCCGAGAAGAGUAUGAGCGUCUUCAGAAAGAGCGAGAGGAGAGACGGCUUCAGCAAAGGACCAACCCAAAGGGAACUAUUAGUGUGGGUAUUGAUGCCACGGACCUCUUUGACCAGUAUGAGGAGGACUACGAGGAUAUGGUUGGAGGGGGAGUCCCACAUGUGGAAAUCAACAAGAUGCACAUAUCCCAAUCCAUAGAGGCUCCUCUUACCACAAAAGACACAGCCAUUUUAUCUGGCUCCUUGUCAACCCACAACGGAAACGGAGGUGGCACCAUUAACUUGGCCUUGAGAAGAGUCACCUCAGCCAAGGGGUGGGGAGAGGUAGAGCUGGGUGCUGGAGACACCCACGGACCUCUUUUAGGAAUGAAGAUUUUCCGAAACUUGACGCCUCGAUUCUUUGUGACCGCUCAGUGUGGGCUCCAGUUUUCAUCCCGAGGCGUGCGUCCUGGGGUUACCACGGUGCUGGCCCGUCACCUAGACAAGAACACUAUGGGCUAUCUGCAGUGGCGCUGGGGCAUCCAGUCCUCUAUGAACACCAGCAUAGUCAGGGACACCAAGAGCAGCCAUUUCACCUUCGCAAUGCAGCUUGGCAUUCCUCACACUUUUAUGAUGAUGAGCUACCAGUACAAGUUCCAGGAUGAUGACCAGACGAAGAUUAAGGGCUCAGUAAAAUCAGGUUUCUUUGGGACUGUGGUCGAGUACGGUGCUGAGAGGAAGAUCAGUCGACACAGUGUCCUGGGGGCCACCGUCAGCGUGGGAGUGCCCCAAGGCGUCUCCCUCAAGAUCAAACUAAACCGAGCCAGCCAGACGUAUUUCUUCCCUAUUCACCUGACUGACCAGAUACUGCCAAGUGCUGUAUUUUACGCCACAGUUGGACCACUGGUUUUCUACCUCGCCAUCCAGCAGCUUAUUAUUCGGCCCUACGUGCGCGCCCAGAAGGAAGAAGACUUGGAGAAGCAGCAGGAGAGCUCGGCCUCUAAUAUAGCCAGGAAGAAACAGGAGGCAGAGGCUGCUGUCUUGCUCAUGCAGGAGUCUGUGCGCCGGAUUAUUGAAACUGAGGAGUCUAGAAUGGGUCUCAUCAUCCUCAACGCCUGGUACGGCAAGUUUGUGACAGACAACAGUCGAAAACACGAGAGGGCAAAGGUCAUUGAUGUGACUGUGCCACUGCAGUGUCUGGUGAAAGACUCUAAACUCAUCCUUACUGAGGCCACAAAGUCAGGACUCCCUGGUUUCUAUGACCCCUGUGUGGGGGAGGAGAAGAGCCUGAAGGUGCUGUAUCAGUUCCGCGGAGUCAUGCAUCAAGUCCUGUCAGGAGACAGAGAACCACUCAGGAUACCAAAGCAAUCUCACAGGAUCGACGCAGACACAUAGGAGCUCCUCCGCUGACCAAAAAAAAAAAAAAAAAAAA